AUGUUUGCCAAAAGAAUUGCUCAAAAAGCCCCAUCCAUGGCACCAUUGAUGGCCAAAAGAACCAAAGUCACAUUGCCCGACUUGAAAUGGGAUUUCGGCGCUUUGGAGCCUCACAUUGCUGCUAAGAUCAAUGAAGUUCACUACACUAAGCACCACCAAACAUAUGUGAACGGAUUCAACGCUGCAUCUGAACAAUUUGGCGAGCUAGAGUGCAAAAUAACUGGAGACCCUAAACAAGACGUGGCGGUUGUCAAGCAGCUCGUGGCUUUGCAGCAAAACAUUAAAUUCCACGGCGGUGGCUUCACCAACCACUGUUUGUUCUGGGAGAAUUUGGCUCCCUCGUCGCAAGGCGGUGGAGAAGCUCCUUCCGGAGCUUUGGCCAAGCAGAUCGAGUCCCAGUUCGGCUCUUUGGACAACUUGAUUUCUCAAACUAAUGCCAAGCUCGCUGGAAUCCAAGGUUCCGGCUGGGCCUUCAUCGUCAAGAACGCUGAAAACGGUGGUCAGAUCGAGGUUGUCCAAACCUACAACCAGGACACCGUUACCGGUCCAUUGAAGCCACUUGUGGCCAUCGACGCCUGGGAACACGCCUACUAUUUGCAGUACCAGAACCGCAAGGCCGACUACUUCAAGGCCAUCUGGAAUGUCAUCAACUGGAAAGAAGCCGAAAAGAGAUUCGAUGCCUGA